AUGCUUCUAUUAUUGUUUUUUGUUGUUUGGUUACCAACAAUUCAUGUUGUUCGAAUGCUAACAAGCGCUUCUACUAUAAGGCAGCGGGAUCCGGAAGAAUUUUGGAUUUCUGCUAAUUUGUUAAAUGUUGAGUGGAAGCUAGAUUGCCUUACAAUCACUUAUUGCAAUCAACCGGAACUGAAAAUGAUUAAGAGGAAUUUGGUGAACGGAGAGAAAAGCUCAUUCAGCUGGCAAUUAGAUCAAAAUUUUGAGCAGUUAUCCAAUAGCGCUUUCAUCAGCCACUGGACUAAAGGAUCUCCUAUGGAUAUUGAAAUGAGUAUUGAAAUUAUUGGUAUUGAUCCAAAGUAUCGAUUUCAACGAAGUUGUGAUCAGUCUGUUGCAACAGAAGCUUUUAAAUAUGAAGUACAGGAAGAACAUUUUGGAAGUUCAAGUGCAGGAAACAGCAGUGACCUUGAUCAGAUGAUUGUUGAACUGCUAGGUCGAUGCUUCAAUGUUACCUUAACGGUUCAAAAACACAUUAAACGUUGUCCGUGGUGCACUAAAAUUAAAACAACUGCAAUCGCUACUGCCACUAUGUCUUAUGAAAAUGGAUUCCCGAUUAAACAGUACAGUUGGUUGGUGAUAACCUGUAUCAUCACAUCCUGUCUAACAAUUAUCUGUGCUGUGCAAUGUAUUUUGAAUCUAUACUGGAAAUCUGGGAAAUUAUCAACGCGAAAAGCAUCUACGUUACCUGUUGUUCAAUCAAAAAGUUGGAAAAUUAUGAAAAUCCAUGGGAACGAUCAUUUAAUCAGAAAUACGAUGAGCAAAAGUAAAAAUAGCAGUAGCAAUAGUAGCAGAACCAUUUUCAAAAAUAAAUCAUUAAUUAAUGGUACCAAUGGUCAGUUUUUUGCUAAUUCGGAUACAAUAAUCGAUAGUAAUCGGUCAUCAUCUGUAAGUGUUGGAACGUACGACAAUAUCGGUUUUCCUGAUGAUAUAUACCGAUACGAUUUAUAA